CAGCGAUCUUGUUGACAGUCCGUUCGAGACAGAUAAUUUACAUAUUAUAUAACCAGUCAAAAGAAACAUCCCGAGAUGAAAUAUAGAGUGAUUUUAGCUACCGGUCUAAUUCUGUGCUCUUUACCAGGACUGGUUCUCAGCCAGAGGAGCUGUCGUACUCCGAAUCACCUGGAAGGAUUGUGCCUCGAAUACCUGGAGUGUCCAUUUGUGCAAAGUCUUAAAAAAAAGUUUUCCAAUAAUAUACCUGAAGAUAUUACCAGUGGCCUCAAAAAUACGCAGUGCACAGGCUCCUCGAAUCUUAUUUGCUGUCCAAUUCAGAAAACUGGAGCGCAAUCGGCAAACAGUAAUAUCAACCAAUACGACCUGUGGGGCCUUAGAUUUCUGCAAUCAGUCAAAAACUGCGGUAACAAAAUCACAACCAGGCUCAGUGGAGGUCAAAAAGCCAGACCAGGUGAAUUUCCCUGGAUGGCGUUGCUCAAGUAUGAGAAAUAUCCAAAUGGAAUGCUCCUAUGCGGCGGCAGCCUCAUCAGUAAAUGGCACAUCCUCACUGCCGCCCACUGCAUCGAAAAUCGUUCUGAUGUGGGGAAAACAAUGCACUGUCUUCCGCCGUACGAGGAUUACGGCGUACAGAAAGUAACCCUGCAUCCCAAAUACGAUCAUGGGAUGAUCCAUCACGACAUAGCCAUCAUUGAGCUUGACCGGGAGGUGAGAGUGGACAAGCACAUCUUUCCCAUAUGUCUCCCUGUCAACGAGGAGUCACAAUUUGUGACCUACGACCAGAGCUUCUACAUCACCGGGUGGGGCCAAACGGACACAACGGAUGCACCCACCACACUGCAGAAGGUAGUGGUCACACGAAAGUAUCUCUUCGAGUGCCAGAAGUUCUUCAAGGAAUCAGAGGUGAAUGACAACCACAUAUGCGCCGAGGGAUCUGACAUCAAGCACAGCUGCAAGGGCGACUCCGGAGGACCUAUAUUCUAUGUGCAUAAAUUUGCGGAUCCGGAUACCUAUCGCUAUGUCCAGUACGGUGUGACCUCCACAGGAGGAGAUCUGUGCGGCAAAACCAAGAAGCAGAUGGAAAUCUUCACUAGCGUCAUCUCCAUGUUGCCCUGGAUCACGCAAAACGUCCUGUAGCGAAUCCUCCGUCUUAGCUGCUUAAAA